AUGCGCGAAGUUAUUUCUGUACAUGUUGGCCAAGCCGGGGUUCAGAUUGGCAACGCAUGCUGGGAGCUGUUUUGCCUUGAACAUGGUAUCCAGCCUGACGGUCGAAUGCCCUCUGACAAGCAGGGACAAAUUGAUGAUUCAUUUUCUACUUUCUUCUCCGAAACUGGCACUGGACGUCAUGUUCCUCGGGCAGUUAUGGUGGAUCUUGAGCCUACGGUUGUAGAUGAGAUCCGUACUGGAACUUACAAGCAACUAUUCCAUCCGGAGCAGAUGGUCACUGGUAAAGAAGACGCAGCGAAUAAUUACGCCCGGGGUCACUACACUAUUGGUAAAGAAGUCAUUGAUUUGGUUUUGGACAGAAUACGCCGUCUAGCAGAAAACUGUCUUGGUCUUCAAGGCUUCCUUAUUUUCCAUUCAUUCGGCGGAGGAACGGGAUCCGGUUUUACAUCGCUUCUUAUGGAAAGGCUUUCUGUAGAUUAUGGCAAGAAGAGCAAGCUGGAGUUCUCUAUUUAUCCAGCUCCUCAGGUAUCGACUGCUGUAGUCGAGCCGUAUAACUCUAUUUUAACCACCCACACUACCCUGGAACAUUCCGACUGUGCUUUUAUGGUCGAUAAUGAGGCCAUCUACGAUAUCUGUCGUCGCUGUUUGGAUGUGGAGCGGCCAUCAUACACAAAUCUUAACCGUUUGAUUUCUCAAGUAGUCUCAUCAAUCACUGCAUCCCUUCGUUUUGAUGGUGCUUUGAAUGUCGACUUGACCGAGUUCCAGACCAACCUCGUGCCCUACCCAAGAAUUCAUUUUCCGCUAGCUACCUAUGCUCCUGUUAUUUCAGCAGAGAAGGCUCACCAUGAAGCUCUUAAAGUAGCAGACAUCACUAACGCAUGCUUUGAACCAGCGAACCAGAUGGUUAAAUGUGACCCUCGCCAUGGCAAAUAUAUGGCCGUGUGCCUACUCUAUCGGGGCGAUGUUGUGCCUAAAGACGUAAAUGCAGCCAUUGCCACUAUCAAAACUAAGAGGGCGAUACAAUUUGUUGACUGGUGUCCAACAGGAUUCAAGGUGGGUAUUAAUUACCAGCCUCCAACGGUCGUUCCUGGUGGAGAUUUGGCUAAGGUCCCACGAGCAGUUUGCAUGCUGGCAAAUACCACUGCAAUUGCUGAAGCCUGGGCCCGACUGGAUUAUAAAUUUGACUUAAUGUAUGCCAAACGGGCAUUUGUCCACUGGUACGUUGGGGAAGGGAUGGAGGAAGGCGAAUUUUCAGAGGCUAGAGAAGACCUUGCAGCUUUAGAAAAAGACUAUGAAGAGGUUGGUUACGACUCGAUGGAACCUGAAGGCGAAGGGGAGGAAUACUAA